GGUAUUUUUAAUAUUUAUUGUAUUGCAUUUUUAUUUAUUUUAUUGUCUUUAUCGCAUUUUUAUUUAUUUUAUUGUUUUUCAUUUUUUCAGAUUUGUUCCUAUCGCAUAUGCUGCAUAACGCGGACAAUCAAGAUCUCCUCGUGUAUAAAUAUACAUGCAAAUUCUCAUACAACCUCAAGCCUUCAACAACAAAUCAUAUAUCAGUUUCUUAAUUCUCACUCUUAUUGUAAUUAUUCUUCUGCUUCUUCCUUCUACGACUUUGGAAGUCAUAUUAGUAUUACUUUAAUAAUGGCUUCUUCAUAUUAUACUACUACUUCAACAUCAACACCCAGAAGUGCUUUUACACUCUGCUUAUGCCUAUUCCUACUUGUUGGAAUGUCCUCUGCUCAAUUAACCUCUAAUUUUUAUGCCACUUCCUGCCCAAAAGCCCUUUCUACCAUCAAAUCCGCGGUCACCUCUGCAGUGUCAAAACAAGUUCGCAUGGCCGCUUCCUUGCUCCGUCUUCAUUUCCAUGAUUGCUUUGUUAAUGGUUGUGAUGCCUCGGUGCUUCUGGAUGACACGGCUACCUUCACUGGAGAGAAGACUGCCGGUCCAAAUGCCAAUUCACUCAUUGGAUUCAAUGUGAUCGACACUGCUAAAUCUCAAGUGGAGACUUUGUGCCCCGGUGUCGUCUCUUGUGCCGAUAUCUUAGCUGUUGCUGCCCGAGACUCUGUUGUUGCUCUGGGUGGACCUAGUUGGAAUGUGUUGCUGGGCAGAAGGGACUCAACCACGGCAAGUGCGAGUGCUUCAAACACCAACAUCCCUGCACCAAAUUUGGAUCUCAAUGGUCUCAUUUCUGCCUUCUCAAAAAAAGGUUUCUCUGCCAAGGAAAUGGUGGCUCUCUCAGGAGGUCACACAAUAGGCCAAGCUAAGUGCUCAAACUUCAGAACCCGGGUCUACAAUGAAACCAACAUAAACACUUCAUACGCGACAUCACUGAAAGCAAAGUGUCCGAGCACCGGAGGGGACAACAACCUCGCUCCCCUAGAUGUCACGAGUUCGACAGCUUUUGACAAUGCUUACUUCAAGAAUUUGCAGAUACAAAGGGGACUUUUGCACUCAGACCAACAGCUCUUCAGUGGGGGAUCCACCGACGCUCAAGUGAACACUUACGCUUCCAAUUCUGCAGCUUUCUUCACCGACUUCGCCAACGCUAUGGUGAAGAUGGGGAAUCUUAGCCCACUCACCGGCACCAAUGGCCAAAUUAGGACCAACUGCCGGAAAACCAACUAAAUCUCUAUCUUAAUUGUCAUUACAAUAUUGACGUUUUUUAAAAAAACACAAAAUGUAAUUUGAUAUUGCAAGCUAGUUUUAAUAAUAAUAAAAAACUCAUUAAUGCUAUGUUUAUGAUCGAUCUGCACAAUCUACAAUUCGAAAAUUUUCACAUGU